AUGUAUAGAUCAAGGGAUUAUUUUUGCCAUAGUAAGGAAUUUGUGAGAAUUUCGGUAAUCUUGUUUUUGUAGCCGUAGCAAGGAUCAUUGUUAGACUUUUAUAAGUGGAUUCAGGAAAAAAUCGCCUAGAAAGGGUCGAGUUGUAUUUACAUACCUAUUUUAUAUGAAACCAAUUUUGUAUUAUAAUGUUCUAGCAAUUUUGUAUUUUUAAGGCAUUUUCCUUACAAAAUCUAGGGUAAAAUCAAGAUCGUAAGUGCAAACAUUCUUUGGAAAUGACAAAUUGAAAUGUCUUCGGAAAUGACAAACAGAAUUCAGAAACUGAAGUAAAGAACUGGAAUUUUCCUGUGUACCAAAAAGAACUAUGUACAGUGUAGUAUUUGGUGUAGUAAAAUUCAUGAAUGUAACUUUCUUUCUAUUUGCUUUUUACUUUUGAGCUUUGAAGUUUUGAUAUAAUUCAAGAGGACUAUCGACACAUCUUGCAGAAUUCAUUUUUGAGACGAAUACAUAGCAUCUUAAACACAAUGGACAACCAGCCGUGUAUAUUUCUUGGCAUUAAAGUAAAACCAGGACCAAUAGAAAGGUUUAAACUGGAAAAUUUCGCACUAGAAAAUACUGUUGAAUCUCUACGAAGCGAAGCUGAAAAAAAGACUAAUCUGCCGUCAUCAUCUUUGGAGUUAAUACACCAUGGCAAAAUCUUGAAGGAUAAUACAACCCUCUCGGAUAGUGGUGUAAAGAGUGGUGAAAUGGUACAUGUGGUAAAGAAGAAAUUCCAAGCUCCACCAGCCCCUCCUCCAACAUACACUGACACUGAGCUGCAGCAGUUAAAUGCGUCACUGCGGACACUAGGGUGCACUCCUAAUGCUCCCGGCUGGACUAGAGCUAUGCAGUUACUUAAUGAUGAAUCAGUGAUGGCGGAGAUAAUCGAGCAGGCACCCUCAUUGGGUGAGGACUGCGUGGCUUUGUCGAUCCUGCAUGAGGUGGAGUUGCUGGCAGCACUGGGCGCCAACGUGCAAACCAUGCGACGCGGCGCGGACGCCCACCCCGAGCUGCCGGCUGCGCUGCGACACCUCACCAGGCUUGUUAGGUCACGCACCAACGCUGCCACUUGUAAUGAUAAUGUUCCCACAUCUGGAUUUGCAUACUCAUUAGAAGCAUUGUCUGAAGACGAAGAUGCUGAAGAGGAAGAGAAUGAAGAGGGUGAGAGGAAUCCAAUUACACAGGAACAAUUAGCAGCUGCUUUGCAGGCGGCGACGGAGGCGGUGUCGUCUUCAAGCAGCCGUAGCCGAGGCAGCCACGACAGCUUGUUGCGGCUGCUGCAGGCCGCCGGCGAGUCCAGCCGCACCACGGAGUCCGCUACAGAGUCCGGCACGCCCACUGGAGGUGCCAGUCGAUCUGUGAUCACACCAGAAAUGUUCAGUGAGGCUAUUUCGGAAGCUAUCAACAGAGCCGGAACAACCCGAAGUAACAGCGGAACUCCUAUGGAACAAAGCACAGCUGCUUCGUCAUCGCAGAGUCCAGUGGCAAGGGACGAAGACUUCUCAACGCAGCUAACACACAUGCACGAGAUGGGACUAUUGGAUGACGCGCUCAAUGUUCGCGCUUUACUAAUUUGUUCUGGUGACGUAAAUGCAGCGAUUAAUUUAGUAUUUAGUGGAGCGAUCGGCGACGAUUAGAUUAACGUUCAAAAAUAUGUUAAUAAAUGCAUGAAUAAAUAUUAGAACUGAAA